CUGACGGUUUAGCGACGGCUCUGAUGGGUCCCAAGGGGAAAGCUCAGGCAGAGGAACGAGGAAAAGCAACACUCGACACUUUCGGAAGCACGGAGCGCCGCGGAGGAGGAAGGGGAGGGGCCGCGCACGCGCAGCGCGGUCCCAGCGCCUCAAGCUGGUUUUUCUCCAGCCGCCGACGUCCUCUCAGUGCUGUACGGUGGCCGGCGCGGGGCAGACGCUGGCGAUGAAUGGAGGUGCAGGGUGCAGGUUGAAAUAAGCCUUCUCUGCUUUCCCCUCUUUCCCCGCCGUUUCUGCCUCCCCCCCCCUUUUUUUUUUGCCGUGUCCCCAUUCUUGCCCCCGCUCUGUCGACGACCCCGUUGGUCCCAGCGUCUGAGUUCUUGGUGCCCGAGUCGACCCCGGGCACAGCCGGUGUUUGGGGAUCCGGAUAAUCGCCUAGGCCCAACUUCGGACCGCGCUCUCGAUUUCUGCCUCGCCCGGCGCUCGGACGCGGAAUCCGAGUGGGUCUCUUGAGACUGGAGGGUAGAUCUUAAGGAUCAAGAGUGAUGAUGACCGAGUGUACAAGCCUUCAGUUUGUCAGCCCUUUUGCUUUUGAAGCCAUGCAGAAGGUGGAUGUUGUUCGCUUGGCGUCUCUAAGUGAUCCAGAACUAAGGCUUCUCUUGCCCUGCUUGGUGAGGAUGGCACUUUGUGCUCCUGCUGACCAGAGUCAAAGCUGGGCUCAGGAUAAAAAACUCAUUCUUCGCCUUCUGUCUGGAGUGGAGGCUGUCAACUCCAUUGUGGCACUGUUGUCUGUGGACUUUCACGCCCUAGAACAAGAUGCCAGCAAAGAACAACAACUUCGGCAUAAGCUCGGAGGAGGCAGUGGAGAGAGCAUCCUGGUAUCACAGCUCCAGCAUGGACUGACGCUAGAAUUUGAACACAGUGAUUCACCUCGUCGACUGCGGCUCGUGCUUAGUGAACUGUUGGCAAUUAUGAACAAGGUAUCGGAGUCCAAUGGAGAGUUCUUUUUCAAGUCUUCUGAGCUCUUUGAGAGUCCAGUGUACUUGGAGGAAGCUGCAGAUGUUCUCUGUAUCUUACAAGCAGAGCUCCCUUCCUUGCUUCCUAUAGUCGAUGUAGCCGAAGCCUUGCUACAUGUUAGAAAUGGUGCCUGGUUCUUAUGUCUCUUGGUAGCCAAUGUUCCUGAUAGUUUUAAUGAAGUUUGUAGGGGCCUGAUCAAAAAUGGAGAACGACAAGAUGAAGAAAGUCUUGGAGGGAGGCGCAGGACAGAUGCCUUACGAUUCUUAUGCAGAAUGAACCCUUCUCAGGCCCUGAAGGUCCGGGGCGUGGUGGUGGAAGAAUGUCACUUGCCAGGCCUUGGAGUAGCUUUGACAUUGGAUCAUACUAAAACUGAAACUUGUGAAGACGGAGUGAGUGACUUGGUUUGCUUUGUUAGUGGCUUGCUUCUUGGAACAAAUGCGAAAGUCAGGACUUGGUUUGGAACGUUUAUUCGAAAUGGACAACAGAGAAAAAGGGAGAGCAGCGGUUCUGUCCUUUGGCAGAUGAGGAGGCAGCUUCUUCUGGAGUUGAUGGGCAUUCUUCCUACAGUAAGGAGUACUCGUAUUGUAGAAGAAGCCGAUGUGGAGAUGGAGCCUACUGUGUCUGUGUACUCGGGGCUGAAGGAAGAGCAUGUGGUGAAAGCCAGCGCACUCUUACGUCUAUACUGUGCCUUGAUGGGGAUUGCUGGACUCAAGCCGACUGAGGAAGAAGCUGAACAGUUGCUGCAGUUGAUGACCAGCCGGCCGCCUGCCACACCAGCUGGGGUUCGAUUUGUCUCCCUUUCCUUCUGUAUGCUACUGGCCUUUUCUACACUUGUCAGCACCCCAGAACAGGAGCAGCUGAUGGUGGUGUGGCUCAGCUGGAUGAUCAAAGAAGAGGCGUACUUUGAGAGUACAUCCGGUGUCUCUGCUUCUUUUGGGGAGAUGUUGUUAUUAGUGGCUAUGUAUUUCCAUAGCAACCAGCUUAGUGCGAUCAUUGACUUAGUCUGUUCCACUUUGGGGAUGAAGAUUGUGAUUAAGCCAAGCUCCUUGAGCAGGAUGAAGACCAUCUUCACACAGGAAAUCUUUACUGAGCAGGUUGUUACAGCUCAUGCAGUUCGAGUCCCUGUCACCAGCAACCUGAGUGCCAACAUUACUGGGUUUCUGCCCAUUCAUUGUAUUUAUCAACUUCUCAGGAGUCGAUCGUUUACCAAGCACAAAGUAUCAAUAAAAGACUGGAUUUACAGACAGCUGUGUGAAACUUCCACUCCGCUCCACCCUCAGCUACUUCCUUUGAUUGAUGUGUACAUAAACUCUAUACUUACUCCUGCAUCGAAAUCAAAUCCUGAAGCCACAAAUCAGCCAGUCACAGAACAGGAAAUACUUAACAUUUUCCAGGAAGUCAUUGGGGGUGACAGCGUCCGCCUUAAUCAGCGCUUCAGUAUCACGGCGCAGCUUUUGGUGCUCUAUUAUAUCCUUUCUUACGAGGAAGCGCUCCUGGCAAACACCAAGACUCUAGCUUCCAUGCAAAGGAAACCCAAAUCAUAUUCUUCUUCUUUAAUGGACCAGAUUCCUAUCAAGUUCCUUAUUCGACAGGCUCAGGGGCUGCAGCAGGAGUUGGGAGGGCUACAUUCAGCUUUACUCCGUCUUCUAGCAACUAAUUACCCCCAUUUGUGUAUUGUGGAUGACUGGAUCUGUGAAGAAGAAGUCACAGGCACCGAUGCUCUGUUGAGACGAAUGCUCCUGACUAGUAAUGCCAAAAGUCAUUCUCCGAAACAGCUGCAGGAAGCAUUUUCAGCUGUCCCAGUAAAUCACACGCAAGUGAUGCAGAUUAUGGAGCACUUGACUCUGCUUUCUGCCAGUGAACUUAUACCAUAUGCAGAAGUAUUAACAUCCAACAUGAACCAGCUGCUGAAUUCAGGGGUUCCACGGAGAAUUCUUCAAACUGUCAAUAAGUUAUGGAUGGUUCUUAAUACUGUGAUGCCAAGAAGGUUGUGGGUGAUGACCGUUAAUGCACUCCAACCUUCCAUAAAGUUUAUCCGACAACAAAAAUAUACCCAGAAUGAUUUGAUGAUAGAUCCUCUCAUUGUCUUGAGGUGUGACCGGAGGGUUCACAGGUGCCCCCCACUGAUGGAUAUUACUCUACACAUGCUGAAUGGAUAUCUCCUUGCAUCUAAAGCUUACCUUAGUGCCCAUCUGAAGGAGACAGCAGAGCAAGAUAGGCCUUCCCAGAACAAUACAAUAGGUUUGCUUGGACAGACUGAUGCCCCAGAAGUUACCAGAGAAGAGCUGAAAAAUGCAUUAUUGGCUGCUCAGGAUAGUGCAGCAGUCCAGAUUCUCUUAGAGAUUUGUUUGCCUACUGAAGAGGAAAAGGCAAAAGGUGCCAGUCCAGACAUCUCCCUCAGGAACGCUCACAGUGUCAUUACCACCAGCACUCCAAACAAGGGAGUGGAGGAAGGAGAAGAGAAUCUGCUCUGUAACCUCCGGGAAGUCCAGUGCCUUAUCUGCUGCCUGCUGCACCAAAUGUACAUUGCAGACCCCAACAUUGCUAAACUCGUCCACUUUCAGGGCUAUCCAUGUGAACUUCUGUCUCUGACGGUUGCAGGGAUCCCAUCUAUGCACAUCUGUCUGGAUUUCAUACCAGAGCUUAUUGCCCAGCCUGAACUUGAAAAACAGAUAUUUGCUAUACAGCUGCUUUCUCAUUUGUGUAUCCAGUAUGCAUUACCUAAGUCACUUAGUGUGGCUCGCUUAGCUGUCAAUGUCAUGGGAACUUUGCUAACAGUCCUGACACAGGCUAAGCGGUAUGCUUUCUUCAUGCCAACUCUUCCAAGUUUGGUCUCCUUUUGUCGAGCAUUUCCUCCACUGUAUGAGGACAUUAUGUCUUUGCUAAUUCAAAUAGGCCAAGUGUGUGCCUCUGAUGUUGCCACUCAGACCAGAGACAUUGAUCCAAUCAUCACACGUCUUCAACAAAUAAAGGAGAAACCAAGCGGAUGGUCUCAAAUCUGUAAAGAUCUGUCUUACAAAAAUGGAUCCAGGGACACUGGAAGCAUGGAUCCUGAUGUCCAGCUCUGUCAUUGUAUUGAAAGCACAAUAAUUGAAAUAAUAAACAUGAGUGUUAGUGGAAUUUGAAAAGAAAAAAUGCAGCUGUUUGCUGCAUAUACCCAACAGGAACCUGGAUUUUAUGACAACUCUAAACUGAAUGGAAAUAGUGAAAUCUUGGGAAUUGCUGAAAUGAUUCAAUUCAACAUGAGUAUAAUUUAGAACUCUGAGAAUUAUACUUGCUUAUGUUUGAUUGGCAUAUCUUUGGAUCUGCUCUGAUGGUAUGUUUAUAUUGUAGCAACUGAACUUCUUUUUCAUUGGGAAUACGUUAAGAAACCCAUUUCUAGAAAGGCAUUGGACCAUGCACUUAGCUUGUGAAGUGAAAAAAGAUUGCCAGGCCUUUAAUUUUUUUUAUAAAAAUGAGCCUGUGGCCAGGAGGUGGUGGCGCACGCCUUUAGUCCCAGCACUCGGGAGGCAGAGGCAGAGGCAGGUGGAUCUCUGUGAGUUCAAGGCCAGCCAGGGCUACAGAGCGAGUUCCAGGACAGGCUCCAAAGCUACAGUAGAAACCCUAUCUUAAAAAAAAAAAAAAAAAAAAGAGAGAGCCUGUGGAUAUCCCUCAUAUUUGUGAGCUUUUAAUAGUUUUCAACAAAGAGGGAAUGAGAGGAAGGAGAAAGGGAGAAAGGGAUGUAGGGAAGGAAUAAUUCAGGAAAAAUGACCAGUUAACUACUCAGAAAUCUCAGACUUGUAAUGCAAGUUGUAGUAAUGCAGGUUGGAACUCUAGUUUGUGAGAAACAGUAGUUAAGAAGGCUUUAAUAAAGGCAGGUAAGCUAGGUGUGGUGGCGCAUGCCUUUAGAUCCCAGCCCUGGGGAGAACGUCAGAGGCAGGUGGAUCUCUGUGUUUGAGGUAGGCCUGGUCUAUAUAGUCAGUUAGUUCCAGGACAGCCAGAGUUACAUAAAGAAAUCCUGUCAAAAAAAAAAAAAAAAAAAAAAAAAAAAAAAAAAGCCAAGUAAAUGACUGCCUUGGAGUUACAGAUGAAGAUAAAAAGAUUUCACAUGUCUGCUUCAAUUUUUCCUAAUAUAUGAAGCCAUAUGUUUAAAGAGAUACUUGAAUAACUUGAAAUUUUAAGAUAUUGAUUGUAGUUACAGAAACAUCUUUGUGCAAAGAAUAACCUGAAAGUAAAUUUCAUUUAUUCUUUUUUAAAUUUAUUUUUAUAAUGUUGUAUUAUCUAAUUCUCAGAGGAGCAAAGAUGUAUCAAAUGAAUUUUAGAGCAAUAAACCCCAAUAGAGCUCUUGGUUCAUCAUCAGGAUUAUAACUCAUAUUUUAUUUUGAGGAGAUCUUUGAGUAAGAAAAUACAGUGUUUGAACCUCAGGAAAAAUUAUAAUGUGGAAAAUACUGUGUUGCUGAAAUUUGCAGUCCUCUUUUAGUAACUUCAUGAUUAAGUAGAUGCAUUCAGAUAACCAUAAUCAUUUUUAAAAAUUAAGUAGCCAAUGUAGAAGGUACUACUUUGCUCUCUGAGAAAUACCUCAGUCAUUUGCCGCCCCACUCAAAACAGACCUCUCACUGAAGAAGGUAGCAAGCUAAAAGGAAAGUUUGUCUUACAAAAAGAAAUUUAGCCUCAUCCUUUCCACUAACACCUAGUCACAUCUUACUGUCCUUCUUUGACCCUGACCCUACCUCAUGAAGGUGUUCUGUUCAAACCAGUUUAUAACAGUUUCCAAUCAUGAAGUGCAUAGUAUCAUGCAUGAUGGAAUAUAUAUAUAUAUAUAAACUUUUUAUUAGAUGCUUAAUGUUCAAUUAAGUAAUUUUGAUGUGAAGAGUAAAAGAAUAUGCUUUAAAGAUAUACCAUAAAAAUUUUCAUAUUUUUAAACGAUGCAGUUUUGUAAUCUCUUAAGAUUAAAUACAACUGCUCUUGUUUUGUUUUUAAAUGAGGCCUUUCUGGAAUGUUUUGUGUGAAUAGUAGAAUUCUUUAGGAAUUCAGAAACGUUCAAAGUAUGUUUUGUAAUUAAAUGCAGCACACAUUUCGUGGAUUAAUUUUCAAAGACUAGUCAUGACCUACUGUGUUAAAGUAAUAACAGGCUGUUUUUCAUCCAAUUUGUUGAUAAUGUAAAUAAAAUGUGUAAAUAAUACUAGUAAAUGUUAAUAUUCAUGUAUCUUAAGUUAAGGUUAUAAACUUUGUCACAAUGUGAUUUUUUUUAUUGAAGUGAAACAGAUGUGUGCAACUAUUUUGAAUAUUGAUUUAUAAAUAUUCAUUCUUUAUCAACAAA